GUGCGCGCGGCCGCCGCUCCCGCGCGGCAGCUCCGGGCACAGGGCGGGGACGGGGUCGGAGCCGGGGACCGGACGGGCGGCUCGGCGGCGGCGCGGGGCGCAGGACCAGGUACCUCACACCCCGUUGAGUCUGAUGCUCUCAGGGCCCCCGGUUUCUGGUCUGGAGGGGCCCCUGGUACCAGCAACCUUCUCCCAGCCCCUGGCUCCCACGCUGCGUGAACGAAGAGCCUCUGAAUGCACAGGAGUAGGCCAAGCAGGACCCCAGGCCUGGCUGCGGGACUCUUCCUCUCCCCUGCAGACUGCUCACAGACUGCUCUGCGAUGACCACAGCGCGGUACCGGCCCACCUGGGACCUGGCCCUCGACCCGCUGGUGUCCUGCAAGCUGUGCCUCGGGGAGUACCCAGUGGAGCAGAUGACCACCAUCGCCCAGUGCCAGUGCAUCUUCUGUACCCUGUGCCUGAAGCAGUAUGUGGAGCUCCUGAUCAAGGAAGGACUUGAGACUGCGAUCAGCUGCCCAGAUGCGGCCUGCCCCAAGCAGGGCCAGCUUCAGGAGAAGGAGAUAGAAUGCAUGGUCGCAGCUGAAAUAAUGCAAAGAUACAAAAAGCUACAAUUUGAAAGAGAGGUGCUCUUUGAUCCCUGCCGGACCUGGUGCCCAGCGUCCACCUGCCAGGCUGUGUGCCAGCUCCAGGACCUGGGGCUGCAGACACCACAGCUGGUGCAGUGUAAGUCCUGCCACAUGGAGUUCUGCUCGGCCUGCAAGGCUCGCUGGCAUCCUGGCCAAGGCUGCCCCGAGAGCAUGCCCAUCGGCUUCCUCCCCGGGGAGACCAGCGCCGGGUUCAAGCUGGACGAGGAUGCUGCACCCAUCAAGCGCUGCCCGAAGUGCAGAGUCUACAUUGAGCGGGACGAGGGCUGCGCGCAGAUGAUGUGCAAGAACUGCAAGCACGCCUUCUGCUGGUACUGCCUGGAGUCCCUGGACGACGACUUCCUCCUGAUCCACUAUGAUAAGGGGCCCUGCCGAGACAAGCUGGGUCACUCCCGGGCUUCUGUGAUCUGGCAUCGGACACAGGUCGUGGGCAUCUUUGCUGGAUUUGGGCUCCUGCUUCUGGUGGCUUCUCCCUUUCUGCUCCUGGCCACUCCCUUUGUACUCUGCUGCAAGUGCAAGUGCAGUAAAGGUGAUGAUGAUCCACUACCCACCUAGAGAAAGAGGCUCCAAGAAGGAGACUCUGAUUUCCAGAGAAUGUGGCUCUCCCCCACCCCACCCCACUGUCUCCCUCUCACUAAGCAUUUUUCUUGCCUUAUGUGCUCCAUUGAGCUUCACAGUGUCAGGUUGGAUGCCGUGAUUUCAGGGACCAAUGUCAGAACGUUCAAUAAGGCCUCGGCUGAGGUCACCUAGGCACGGGGGAGGCAAGGCAGACAUGGUGGGCACACCCCACAGAAUCAGCCUCUUUAGACCUGACCAGUGAUGUGGGAAGAAGCACUCUAGGCAGUUUUCUCCCCAUGGAGUGGACUAGGAGUGUCCAGUGGGGACUUAGGAGACCCUAACCAAGCGUGGUCCAUCUCCUCUUGACUUCAAGAUGGCACCAUCCUGUUGGGAGAAGUCUUUUAAGGAUCACAGCUCUCUUCAGAUGGAAUCCCAUUACUCCAACUUGAGAAAAGCAAUCUGUUUAGGACAACUGUUUUUAUUCCUAAUGGCAUUUAGUAACAUCCUUUUUAGAAGGCUUUUUUCUUUUCCGAACUGAGUAGUGAAAAUCAACAAGGUGCAUAUAAACCAUCCUAUGCCUUUCUUGAAAUGUACAUUUUAAGAAGUUACAGUUAAAUGACUUUUCUGGCUUGACCAUUUUUCAGGAGAUUAGAAAGCCUUAUGCACUCUGUGUUUUUCUUGAAACUUGCUGUAAUAACUUUUUGAAUGCUGUAAGCUGUGUACUGUUAUAAACACAGUUCCUGUAUUUGUUGCAUUUCUCUGAAAAUAUUGACAUGCUUAAAGGAACAUCUCAGCUAGAUUUGCCUUUUAUUCCUUCUUUGGUGAUUCAGCUCAUAAAGUUCAUCCCUUCUCAUCCAGGCAGCGGCAAAUACUUUUUAUUCAUGUCUUCUAAGCAAGUGUUUUACUUGGAUGCGGUUCUGCUCAGAAUCACCAUGGUUUAGCCUCUUGCCCCAGUUUUCAAGUCGUAAGAAGAGAAUUGCAUAAUCUAUCCUCAGACACAGGGCCUCCUGCCAGAGCCUGGGGGAAUUUUGGACACCAGGCAGGAGUUUUCUGGAUUUCCACAUUUUUUAAAUGCUUUACUUAAUUUUGAAAAAUCAUGUGUCUCACACAGUUUCAAGUCCUCUAGCUGGCCAGUUUGCCCUUGCUGUGAAAAAAGAAAACCUUCCAUUUCCCUUAAUUGUUUUGAGGUGGGGAUUUUACCUCUUGGACCUUUAUAGGGUGGGUGGUGUGUGACUGUUUCCAUGGUAAUGGUGCACAGAUCCAUAGCAAGACACAAGUUGUUGCAUCAUUUGACUUCAAAAAGUGGAGCGAGUGUUUUCUUUACGGAGAAUUGACUUCCAAAGCCAAGUGUACUUGUUGUGAGCAAAAGGAAUAUGUUUCAGGUUUAUAACAGUAAUUAAAAAACUUGAAAGUGACUACAAGGAAGUAAAACAAAAAAGUCCUUUUCUCUCAUUUGCUCAUUGGAAGCACAUCUGGUUGUUUUUUUUUGUUUUAGUACCAGGGAUCAAACUCAGGUCCUUGCUGGGUGGGCAAGUGGCAGAACCACUGAGCUAAAUUCCCGGCCCUACAAGCACAUCUUUAAAAGGUGGUUGUCUUGUGUGUGUGUGUGUGUGUGUGACUCCACAUCCCUGUAUUCAGCUCGGGCCCUCUUCUUCUCUAUCUAGAAAUUUCUUCUUUAUUUCUUGACAGUGAACAGCUGCAAAGAAAGCGAACCACUUCUGUCUUCACCUCUAGUCCUGAUUCUCUUCAUGAAAGUAAAGUCAUUUUGAAGAUUAGCCCACAUCAAAACUGUGUCCAGAGUUCUCCUUGUGAUUGCAGUGUGAAAGUUGAGUAAUAAGUAAGGUCGUGGCUGUGGCCGUCUUUCUGGGAGAAGCCCGGCCGUGGGCUUCUACACAGCUGGGGAUGUUGGGAUGGGUGACCAGCUUUGUGCCUUCCUCAGUGGUGGCUCUAGACCUCAGCCUGAAGUUCAUAGAUGUGGCCAUCUGGCCACUGCCCUUUAAAAUGCCUAUCAAAGAUGACAGGCCUGUGGCCCUUGGCCCUAUUUCCAGGGGCCCAAGGGCAGGUCUGCAUGAUGCCCAGCCCCUCCAGUCCAGUGCCUGAAGCCAUACCGUAGUCCUUGCCCUUGGGCUGGGAGGAAGAGCCUCGGAAGGUUUCGUCUCCAGGGCAGCAGCUCCAGUACCCUCACUCCCAGAGGGCCAGGGUGUCCUUUUGUCUCGGGGGAGUCUCUGGCCUGACCAUGCACACCUGUAGCCCCAAGCAUCCUUGUGCCUUCACCUGUGACAUGUUUUGCAAAUGCACGGUUUGACCCAGGUAGGGACCACAGCAGUUUGGGGACAGCUGGGACCAUCAAUUGGGCACUGCCAGCUAUGAACUUCCGUGUCAAGCACACCUCCAUCUGCUCAGUGUGACUUAGUAAUAAAAUUAAAACUGCCCCUUCCCUCUAUAGACAGCAGGAUCCCACUGCGAUGUGUAUACUUUCAUUCUCUGGUUGGCCUCCUUGGGUUUAGAAUGCCAUGUCCGUUUGUUUCCGGGAUGCAGUCCUAGCCAUGCUUGGUGUAAAAUGCAAAUAGAAGUUGGGAAGGAGAGCUUUGGUCCCACUGUCUCUCCCCAGUGAGACCAGGGGAGUUCUAGAUUCAGUAGAUAGACUUGUUCCUGUUUGCCAGCAUGGUUUCUUCAAGUGAAAGGUAAAGUUGGUUUUGUUAGGUGCUUUACACUUGGAUGGCCAGAAGCACUUGAUGGCCACUCAUUUAGAGCCUGUUAAGCCCUGGGGACGGGGAGAGACCCCUGACGCAGCCAUUGUGCUGCAGGGUUGACCAGCUGAGGAUCUUAGAGGAAGUAGAGGACAUAGAUGACCCAGCAGUUAUCUGAGGCCCUUUGGCAAGUGGCCCUGUUGCCAGGUUUCACCGGAUGUGCCUGAUCCUGUGACCCAGCCAUCUGGGCUUUGCACCUCACAAGGGGCUACUGGAUUGAAAGACAGUCAUUGUUGAUGCUGUGGACCAGAGAUAAACUGGCGCCCAAGCUAAGCCUGGCACCACAUAAAUUACUGUGGACAUCAGCUCUCCCUCCAGAGCUCCCUGGAGGUGCUCGGGCCAAGGAACUGGCAUCUGUCACCUCUGCACCUGUUUCAAGAGGAACAAAUUGUGCAGCAUGUUACUCCUUAAAACUAACUUGGAUUGGGCAUGGUGGCACACUAUAAUCCCAGCACUUAGGAGGCUGAGGUAGGAGGAUUACUGUGAGUUUGAGGCCAGCCCGGGAUACAUAGUGAGUUGAAGGCCAGCCUGAACUACAUAGCAAGAACCUGUCUCAACAAAUAAACAAACACAAUGAAUGAACAAACAAAAAAACAACAACAAAAAUCCUGGCUUGGGACCCAUGCCAAUAAUUCCUGACAAGAACACAGGGUCCCUUGUGGGGUGAGGGUUUGCCAGAGACACAAAAAUGACAUCAGGAUGAGUUUUAUCCUUUUCACUUCUGUUAUUAAAGGAAAAAGUUAUUAACAAUUAGAAAAGAAAAAAUUUUCUCUUGGUAGUCUUUAAAAAUGAGGGGAUUGGAGAGAACCAGGGUGGGCUUUUGGGAUAUUUCGCAGAUCCCCACUUAUUAACCAACACACCGGUGUAUAUUUAUCUCUGUAAAUCAUAAACCGUGGAGGGAAAAUAUUUUGCAUGUAUACAGCUUCAUGAAAGGCUCUUAAGAAAAUACCAAAGCUUGUUUCUUCCUUAUAAUCAACCUAAGCCCUUACGAAAAUACAUAAAACAAAGAGAUUUAAUGGAUUAUUGUCAGAGGCCCCAAACGAAGCAGAGUGGGCUACACUGAGGUCAUUGCUACUGCAUCACAGCCAGGACACAUGCUGUUUUAUAUUUCGGUCCCAGGGCCUCUCUCUAAUUUGUGUCAUCUCGUCUCCCACCAUUGUAGGAGCCUUCAGGUAGGGUAGCUACGUCUUUAUUUCUCUUCUUUGCCCACUUGGCUAUGGGUGUAUUUUAAUCUUGUAUAAAAAUAUGCAUGCAAGAGUCAUGCACACCUAAACAUUAUGUAUUUGACAUGUGGCGAUCGAACAAAAACAGCGAAUUCAUUUUCGUGUCUUUUGCAACGUCAGUCUGUUUCGUGCCACCGACACUGUGAUGUACAAAAGCCCUGUUUGAAUGCCUUUUUCUUGUUGCAUUUUGUACUUUGGAAUUCCACAGAAAUGUCUGACUUGUAAUUUCAAUACACAUUUUAAAUGUAUUGCGUCUUAGGUAGUCUGUUCCCCUUUCAAAGGGAUUUGUUUUUAAAGAUACUUUGGCUGGAAUAUAGGUGACUUUUGUAAAUCCUUCUCAGCUCCUCUUUUGUAAAGAUUGGGUGUGGGGGAUGAAGGAGGAGGGCAUGGAGGGCCCUUGUGCCCCUGCGUGCACCCAGUUCAUCUGUGGAGUUUUUCUCCCUCGGUGGUGGUGGUGGGGUCUCACCUCACCGAGGCAGAAAUGAUUUGACCUGGACCAUUGAGUAAGUGAGCAUGUCUGGCCACACCCCGGCUGUUUCCUGUGUUGCCCAACCAGGGAGCCUCCUGCAUCCACAAGGACAACUACCAGACCACCCUGCCGCCUUUGACUAGCAGCAUCCUACAAGCCAGCAUCUUUUUCUGCUGGAGGAGAGAAAGCAGAAUAAAUAUGGAUACUUCUGAUUCACUAAGAAAUACAAUCAUUAUUCGGUAUCCGCAGGGCGUGGGAUCCAGGAACCGUCUCAGAUUCCAUACUCUGCAGUCCUUUGUCUAAAAUGAUGCAUUGUUAGCACACAGUGCACACACAUCUCCCUUAUACUUUCUGCCAUCUGUAGAUUACUCAUAAAACCUAAUACAAUGUAAAUGCUAUGCAAAUAGUUGGAGAUAUUUUGUUCCUUUUUUUGGUGAAAUAGUUGCUAUUAUUUUGGGAAUAAACACAAGAAAGAAAGUUGCACAUUCA